CGCGGAGGUGGUCCGCCGUGAUACCCGUCACAAAUGCCCGCCGAAAGGCUGUAGAGUCCGUACUGUACUCUGGGAAUCCCUCCGGGAGCGCCGUCACGCGUGUUUGCCCGCUUCAGUGUUGUGCCGCGUGUACCGCGAACUAGUUACCGCUCGUUACCGCGUGGUAACCGGCCGCCACAAUUACACGGGUAUGAAUAUCAAAUUUUCGUCGUUGAAAAAAAUUAUCCCUUGUUUGAUUUUGCUGUUGCGUUGAAGUUAUGAAAAACGACCGUACAAUAUCCGGAUGUUACUGAAAUAUUAACAACAGUCUGGAUCGUUACGUUGAUGCGAUGGUCACAACAGAUGUGUGCGAAUUCGUCAUUAAAACGACGAUGCUCGUUACAUAACAUAAUGAAUUCAUCAGUUUCCACAUUAAUCUGCAUUAAUUCAGUUUUCCUCUGAGACUUAGCCAAGAAAUAAACACCGAUAAUGAAAACGUACUCGAGUUUGUGCGCAGUCCUAAGCUUUUGGUACAUAUUGACAUCAUACUCCGGGGAAGCCGAGUCUGGAACUUCCAUUAAAGGCAGAGUGGAUCACUGCAAUAAAACCGUUGAUAUUUACGAGGAUAUCAUAAGUCCUGAGGUGACACCCUUCAACUUUGGCAAACCUCUCUAUUGCUCAUACAGAUUUCGGUCGUUUAAAGGGACGCCCAAGGACUACAUACUCAGGAUAAGAUUCAAAAAAUUUAAAUUUGGAGUUUUGGUCAACGGGACAUAUUGUCAAGGAGGAUUUAUGCAGAUCCUCGACUAUGCUGGUAAAGGAAACGCAGUCAUCACCACGUCGAAAAAGGACGGGCUCGGGUCGUUUUGUGGGGAGAUCGAACAACCUCAGACGUUUUUGUCCGAAACCAGUUCCGUUAAAAUUAUAUUUCAGACGGACAACUAUACCGACCAAACGUAUUACAGCUUCGACUCGAGGGCAGAACAAGAGACUCAGGUGUACUUGCGAUUCGGACAACACCCGGAGCUGUACCCAAACAGGAGAGGCAUUCUGAACCCUGGCACCUACUGCGAUAGAACGUUUAGGGAAUGCCGUCUGCAAACGUGCUACGUUCAAAGCCCAGCGUACCCAGGAGUUUACCCCAGGAACCUGAGAUGCAACUACUGGUUAAAUACCAAAAACCCGUUCAUUAAACUUUACAUACAAAACGAAGAGUUCAACGUGGACGGCCAACGGUGUGAAAACAUCAUCACUUGUCCUAUGAGACCAAUCACUUCGGGAGCCGAGUAUUGUCCCUACGAUUACAUAAAAAUAUACGACGGUAAAAACGCUUCUAGCCCGGAAAUCGGAACGUUCUGCGGAAUGGGGAAAUUUCCGCAUUCAAUUGUUGGAACAAGCGAAGAUUUAUUCGUGGAGUUCGUCACGUCUUCAGCGGGACCACUUCUGAACACGGGUUUCCAUUUCAAUGUGGGCAACAUGCCGGGACACGUACAAACUGCAGGAAAAAGAAACGGAUCUUGUGAUUGGAUACUGUCGAGUGAAAACCUAACUGGCGGGCAUCAUACGGAGGGUAUUUUUAUGUCAAUUGCUCAUUGGUAUCCUCCACAUACAUCUUGUACGUAUCAUAUACUGGGACUUCCUAAUCAAGUAGUGCGGGUGUAUUUUCCUAGCUUUCGAGUGAACAGUAUUGAAAGCCCUGUUACCAGCGAUUGGAAUGGAGAUUGUGGCGAAAGUUUAACCCUAUAUGAUGCGCCGGAACCAGACGACACGAGAAUCAUUAAAACGUUCUGCGAUACAUUUUCAAAACCAGCGGAGAAACACGACUUCAUUUCCACCGGAAACUCGAUGUUCAUUCGUUUCGAAAGCAAGACCGGAAGCUAUUCUGGAUCGUCGUUGUACUAUUGGGCACAUUACGAUUUCUUUAACAACACCAAGUUCGGCACUGCCGUACCGGACACGGCUUGCGAUGAAGAAUUCGUAAGCUGGAAACCUUCAUCGGGAUACCUGCGAUCUCCCGUCAACACUUUAGUCUACAAACGUCAAGGGUCGUCGUCGACAGACUUGGAUUCAAAAUCUCACCCAAUAGUCUGCCGUUACAAAUUCAUGACGGACAUACGGCUGUACGCCAGGAUCGUUCUCAGAAUCGAAUCCAUUCAUUUUAAGGACCACCCUUACAAGACGCCGCCGGCGGACAAGGACACCAACAAUUGCUGGUACAGCGAACGCGACAAGUUGUUGGUGUGGGAACCGGACGACACCGAGGACGGGGCAGCAAGCCAAAACCGUAGUGCCGCGGUCGGUCGGCCGAAUUCGCACAACAAGCUGUGUCUGCACGACAACGUGAACGCGACCAAUUCUGGCGGCAACGGGGCCGGCAUCAAGUACGUGUCCAAGGGCAAUUCGCUGAACGUCGAGCUGAGCUUGAACCCCGAGUUCGCGGCCAUCAGCUACUUCAAGUACGACCCGCCACUGUUCGAGGCCAGGUACGAGUUCGUGCACGGGCCCUUGUGCGGUCCCGCCGUUGUCGAUGCGGUCAAAGAGGGCGAGCUGGUGUUCCCGCGGUACGACGCCAUGGGAUUCGCGGAGCCGCCCAACCAUCUCGAAUGCAUUUGGGAGAUUCGCGUGCACGACGAGAGCGACUUGUGGUUGCGCUUCGAUCAGGUAAAAUUCGUAUCCGAAGACUGUCGCGACGGCCGAUUAGAGGUGUACUUGCCUUCCAGGCCCGUCGACAGUCCGUUCAUGUCCGUUUGCGGACACAACGUAAGCAGGCUAAUCAAAACGCAACCGAUCAUGCUGACGUCCAAAGACCUGGAACCGCCGCCGCCCGCAAAGGCGGCCGGCGGACACGGCGACGACGGCCGUCACGUGCAAAUCCGAUUCGCCGGCGGCUCGUACCCGCACAAGACCGAGUUCAAAAUCGUGUGGACCGAACUGGCCCACGUGUCCCGGCACGCCGACGGCGUACCGGGAGCGUCCCGGCUGCAGCGGGACGACUCGUGCGAGUUCCGGUGUCCGCUCGACGAGCGGUUUUGCAUACCGAACAACAAGGUCUGCGACGGUAUAAUCGACUGUCCCGGGUUCGAAAACGACGAACACAAAGAAUUGUGCGACCAACUGUCGGGAAUUCGCUCGGCCGCGAAACCGUCGCCGUCGGUGGUGUUGGCCGUCGCGGUGGCCGUUGUCUUCGUCGGCCUGGCCUUGCUCGUCUCCAACAGUUGGCGCCGUCGAAGGCGUUUGGCCAGCACUAGGAGUACCGGUCAAACAGACACCACGGGUUAACGUCGAAGACACUAAAUUGGCCAAGACGAGUUCUACAAAAAUCCAUUCGCAAAAAAACAACAUGCACAGAAAAUUUGAUAAUAGUAAUAAUAAUAGGUAGGUAAUAUUAUUAAACUGGAUUCAACUCGCUCAUAUUUAUUCAAUAUACUCAUUUGACUUUUAUUAUUAUAAUAAUCGCCAUUAUUAUUUAUUAUUAAGGGUAGAUACCUAUUAUAUAUUAUAAUUUGUUGUAUAAUAUAUUUAUUGUUUCACUAAAAUGUUUAAUGUAUACCGA